AUGGUGACCAAGGCGGCCGUGUCACACUUCUCAUCAUGGACCUCCCUUAGCAAGUGGAUCGCGAAUAUAAGCAAACAACUCCCUCAAAGCCGACCGAGCCUGACACGGCCAUAUCACGCGGCAGUCUGGCCCUCCUACGGGGUCACCACUCCCGUCCCCGACCGGCCGAUCACCCUUCAGAAAUCACCCUUCCGGUUCGAGACCGGCUACGCUUUAUGUGCCAAACGACCUUCACGACCUUUCCCUCCGCCAUUUCUAUCGCCGCCAUCUCACUCGUUUUCGGAUCCCUUGACUACACACGGACUAAGCCAGGAUAAGAGAUUAUCCGUCAAGGGCGAGCUAGUCCGUGGUUUGAACAAUGGAGACGAUGCCAUCAUCGUCGCAGAGAACUUCCUGGGCGUCGACGAUGGUGUAGGCGCCUGGGCUACGAAACCUCGUGGUCAUGCUGCACUCUGGUCCAGACUCCUCCUACACUUUUGGGCCCUCGAGGUGGAGCAGAAUGUCGACCAGUCCACCGCAACCCUUGACCCGGUAGGAUACCUGCAGGCUGCAUACGAGGAGACUCUACGAGCAACUACAUCUCCGACCGAGUGGUUUGGCACCACGACCUCCGCCACCGCCAUACUACACUGGACCAAGGAUCAGGAUGGCGUUAAGACGCCGUUACUGUACGUCACCAAUUUAGGCGAUUGUAAGAUUCUCGUGAUUCGACCGAGCGAGAAGAAAGUCAUAUUCCGCACUCUCGAGCAGUGGCAUUGGUUCGAUUGCCCCAUGCAGCUUGGCACCAACAGCAUUGACACCCCCCGCAAGGAUGCGGUAAUGUCCAAAAUUGUGGUGCAGGAAGAUGACAUCGUUCUGGCGGUGUCAGAUGGUGUUAUGGAUAAUCUCUGGGAGCAUGAAGUUGUGAAGAUCAUCAUGGACAGCAUUGAGAAAUGGGAAGAGGGACAUACCGAGCCGAAAAUGGUCGCGCAGCACCCUCAUCUGUCCGGUGAGCGCAACGUCUAUGUCGCCAGAGAGCUGCUCAAUUCUGCUCUGACUAUUGCCCAGGACCCUUUUGCUGAGAGCCCCUUCAUGGAGAAGGCGGUGGAAGAGGGCCUGGCUAUCGAAGGAGGCAAGAUGGAUGAUAUUUCCGUCGUGGUCGCCUCCUGCAAGAGGCGUGAUGGAUGA